UAAAGCGAAAUCAUGGGCAAUUUAGUUAUCAAGAUAACAACCUUCUAAAAAUAUCUUCACGGCGGUUUUAACUAGAAACACCGUAUCUCCAUUCUUUCCUUUCUUCAGUUUUUCUCUCUUUCUCUGGGACGCCAGCCAUGGCUGUGGUUCUUGGAAAUUUAGCUUUGUUACUAGACGUGACAUCAACGAGGACCGUUACAAAAGACCGAAAAUCCCGUCCCUUGGCAAUCGACGUCGUUUUUAACUUACCGAAGAGGGACCCUCAUUUCGUCCACGCUUCUCCUUCCAACAAAAGCGAACUCGAGUAUUGGGACGGGGAGAAUUGGGCUCACCGAGUGGUGGCUCGUGGCAAAGCGAAUUCGAAAGUAAAGGCGGUGGAUUUCGACGCGUGGUCCAGCGACGACGAUGGGAAUGGGAAUGGCAACGGAUUUGAGGAGGAAGAGGAGUACGAUUGGGAGAAGGAAAUGAGGAAGAGGGUUAAGGAAAUUGAGGAGAUGAGGGAGUUGGAGAGGAAAGCGGAGGAGUUGCAGAGCAAGGCGGAAGCAGAGGAAAGUGAAGGCGAAGUUAGAGAAGAAACCGAGGAGGAAAAGAGGAUGAGAGUGAGAAAAGAGCUCGAAAAGGUGGCUAAGGAACAGGCAGAGCGGAGAGCAACGGCACAAUUGAUGUUCGACUUGGGUCAAAAGGCAUAUGGAAGAGGCAUGUACAAACGGGCCAUUGAGUUUCUUGAAGGUGCUCUGACGAUCAUUCCCAGGCCAACGUUAUUUGGCGGUGAGAUUCAAAUAUGGCUGGCUUUGGCUUAUGAGGCGAAUAACCGCCAUGCGGACUGCAUUGCUCUGUACCAGCAAUUGGAGGAGAAGCAUCCUAGUGUGAGCAUUCGGCGGCAAGCUGCUAAGCUUCGCUACAUCUUGCAAGCACCCAAACUCAAGAUAUCAGAGGAAGAGAUGGUUACUAUACCGCUGAUUGGUUCCAGUUACGACAGUUAUGCAACAGUAUGGAGUGACAAUUACAAGGCCGAGGAUCUCAGAAACAAUCAGUUUCCCUCUUCCAAAGGCUUUCUGGGUGAUUUUCUGGUGUGGCGACCUCCUGUUGGACUCGAAAAGAACCGAGCUUUUUGGGUAGCUUUGACUUUAUGGUUUGGCUUGGUGGGAGCUGCCCUUUUUCUACAACGAUGAAUCAUACAGAAGACUCCUCAUAAUUGUGAGUGUUGAAUCAUGAUAUGUACAUUUAAUUAUUUAUUGUGCCUUGUUUACUAGCAUACUUGGAAUGUCUCUGAUUGGAUCACCAAUCGGGUAUAUGCCUCUUUCUUUGUAUACAUAAUCUCUUACCACGAAAACAUAGGGAGCCAUGGUUUACCUCGCGAACUUGGACGAAGGAUUUGUGAAAGCAAGCAACUAACCUUUUUGCUCUUUUACAAGUGAUAGAUAGAGGUAUAAUCAAAUCAAAAUGAACGAACACAUAUAUAUUUAUAGUUUAUAUGUUUAUUUUUAGAGCAGAUUGUGUUUAAUAAGAAAAUUAUUCAUUACAUUCUAGUACGAUUCGAUUAAAUGGUAAGA